CGACCUUAUGGAAGCCUGUAAAGUAACACUUGUAUCAUUAAAUUCAAACUGUUAUCUGUCGCCUAUCAACAUUUUAGUUUAUCACCGCAGACGGUAGUAGCAAAGUUAUUCAACAGUACCAUCAAGGUCAGUAAUUAGUUCUACUAUGCAAGCGACACCAGCAACAACCGCAGAGCCAUCCGCUCCAUCACCUCAACAAGGUGAAAAUGCAGAGAUGAUUGAAAAGUGUCGGGAGUUUUUGUUACAUUUAUUAGAAUUAUCUAAACAAGAUCCUGAUGUUGUUGAAUCUGACGUACGAGUGCUGAUUCAAAAAUUGAUUGAUACCAAAGUUGAAUCCGAAGAGUUUUGUGAUAAACUUGAGAGUUUAUUAAAUGCAACAGCUCAGCCAUGUUUAAUGAAUUUUCUACAAAAAAGUUUGCCGCUUUUGCGACAGUCGCUUAUCUCCAAAGAGUCGGUCAUUGACGGCAUUAAUCCUCCUUCUGACGAAUAAUUAAAAACAAGUAGACACUCUUCUGAUGAAAAUAAAAAAAAAUGUUCCCGCAUUUAUUUAUCUCAAGCCUCGUAUUCAAAACACUCUCCUAUUGGUCCUUCUUAAACUACUUGUAGUUUCUUCGGAAGAAUUAUCUACAGUAUCAUAACCAGUGGCACGAAUCAUCAGUUCAAAUUUUAAACUUUAGCCAGACGCUCUCUGUAUUGUUUUUGUAAAUUUAAAUUGAUUAAUAAAAUAAAAAAAUUGUUAUAAAUAUAAA